GCCAGCUCAAGUCUAUUCAAACCGCAUCUCGUCCCGCUUCCACCUCGUCACUGCGCCUCGACCGUCAUCGUGUCCCUCUCGGUGAUGUGAGAGAGCCGUCGUAAUGGCGAUUCACUAUCUUAUUCUGUUGUCCCGUCAGGGGAAGGUGCGGCUUGCAAAGUGGUUCACGACGCUGUCCCCCAAGGACAAGGCCAAGAUCGUCAAGGACGUAUCACAGCUCGUCCUCGCUCGAAGAACACGCAUGUGCAACUUUUUGGAGUACAAGGAUACCAAAAUUGUCUAUCGACGAUACGCCUCGCUCUUCUUCAUUGCAGGAUGCUCCUCCGAGGACAACGAGCUGAUUACACUCGAAAUCAUCCACCGAUACGUCGAACAGAUGGACAAGUACUACGGCAACGUAUGCGAGCUUGACAUCAUCUUCUCCUUCACAAAGGCCUACUAUAUCCUCGACGAGCUGCUUCUCGCAGGAGAACUGCAGGAGAGCAGUAAGAAGAACGUGCUGCGCUGCAUUGGACAGCAGGAUUCAUUGGAAGACAUGGAGGUCGAAGACGAGGUCACCAAACUCAUGUAAAACACGUGCCAACACAGUCGGGACGUGCGCAACAAUUGGUCAAAUGGUUAUUACCCAUCGCCUUGACUGACGCCUACUCACCCUCACGUUUACCGCUACGGAGUACCAUUGGCAUAUACAUAUAUAUAUAAUCGAAGGCCCUUACUGUCCCACCGGCUACUUGGAUUCAUCGAGAGCACAAUCCGAAAAGGAUUUGACUAUUAACAUUUGGCGUUGCAGGUCGAGAGCACUCUAGAGAAGCUUCGCACAGUGGGGAUUCUUUGAUUACAGAAGUCUCAGGAAACUGAGCAUCUCUUCGAUGAGAAGAGAGGGCACACUGGGAAGAAUGAAUGGGGCGGGUGAUGUGUUGGAGAGAGGAUAUGGCCAUGUUUUUCUUUGUGUGUAUAGAUCUUGGAGAAUGGAAAACCAUCCUCUACCAUAUCAAGAGAAGAAGGAAGGGAGAGACGAAGAGAGACCCAAGCGUCGCACUGAUGUUCCGUAUCACGGACUAGUCCCCGGAAUCGGGGAACAUAUCGGCUGGCGCUUGAGGCCUGAAUCUAAUACUAUACCAGGAGACAAAGGAAAGCAAGCAAGCAACC